UGGGAGUUCUUCAUAAAAUGUGCACUUAGUGCACUAUAGUAGGCUAUAUUUUGUGACCUACAACCUGUUUUGAGCCCAGCUAGUGGCCUCUUGUGGCAGCAUUUGAGACUACAAGAGUGGAAUCUCACCAUUUUGAAAUCUAUUACAGGCUAUUUUCUGGGAGGUAUUUCUGUCAGCUAAUGACUGUUUACAAACCAGCUGGAGCUUUGUCCUGCGGAGGAGCCUGCAUCUAUAGGCGCCACCUUGCAAGGUUGCCAACAUCGGGCAGAAGCUCCGCCGAGACAGCUGAACUCACAGUUCUGAGCCCCCGGUGACCUGGAGAGCUCUAGGAGAGGCUCCUGGGGCAGAGAGGAGGCCUCAGCUUCCUUCCACCUGAUCAUGACGUCCUUGGCUCCAGUUCCUCCCGUGCCAAGAUCUGGACACAAGGUGGCGCCCCUGAGUUGCCAGUGCUUUGGUAGACUUGCUUGGGUUGGGGGAAAUGCUGUAAUGGGGGUGGGAACACCUCCUCCAGAUCCUGACUGGAGAAGGUAAAAAGCGGGUGAAGACCUAAGAGUUCAGGUCACCUUGUUCUGCUUUGUCACCCAAAUACAGACUUGCAAACGGAUAUUCUAAAGGUCAUUUGCGUCCCAGUGUUCAUGUCCUCUAGCAUUUAUCGAGACCUUUUCCCUCUCGUUAGCUGCAACUCUGUUUCCUUCUGCCUUUACUGUCCUCUUUUACCACAGUCCUGAAGUGUUAACAUAGUUGUAACCUUCCUCCAUACUUCUCCUGGGUCAGCCCUGUCCUCGCCUCCUCCCUUUCUCCACCCAGCGAAAGCCCCGCCCUUCCCUCCGCCCUCCUACCCCAGGCUGUCACACAGGGACAUCACCCUACAGCAGUUUAGGCUGUGUGGUUCGCAGGAAGCAUACACUGGCUUUUUGGUUUUGGUUUUUUGUUUUGUUUUCUUGUUUUUCUUUCCGAGUUCCCAGCUCAUAGUUGGGGAGAACCUACCAGUAGCCUUCAAGUGCAGCGAGGCCCAAGGACAGUGAGAAGCUGGGUCCUACCCUGGAGUCCUGCCAGCCUGACAUGGAAAUGGAGGCAAAUGACCAUUUUAACUUUACUGGCCUUCCCCCUGCACCAGCUGCCUCAGGACUGAAACCCUCUCCUUCCUCAGGGGAGGGCCUCUACACUAACGGGUCUCCCAUGAGCUUCCCCCAGCAAGGGAAAAGUUUGAAUGGGGAUGUGAAUGUUAAUGGCUUAUCUACUGUAUCUCACACUACUACUUCAGGGAUUUUGAACUCUGCUCCCCACUCCUCCAACACCUCACACCUCCAUCACCCGAAUGUGGCCUAUGACUGUCUCUGGAACUAUUCACAGUACCCACCUGCUAAUCCUGGCAGCAACCUCAAGGACCCUCCCCUUCUUUCUCAGUUCCCUGGGGGACAAUACCCACUCAAUGGCAUCCUUGGGGGCAGCCGACAACCUUCGUCCCCAACCCACAACACUAACCUUCGAGCUGGGAGCCAAGAGUUCUGGGCCAAUGGUACCCAGAGUCCUGUGGGGCUUAACUUCGAUUCACAGGAGCUGUAUGAUUCCUUUCCUGACCAAAAUUUUGAGGUGAUGCCCAAUGGACCCCCAAGUUUUUUCACCUCCCCACAGACUUCUCCCAUGUUGGGAUCUAGUAUCCAGACCUUUGCACCUUCCCAGGAUACAGGCAAUGGGAUCCAUCCUGAUGAGGCAGCAGAAAAGGAGCUGACUUCAGUUGUAGCAGAAAAUGGCACUGGCUUGGUUGGCAGCCUGGAGCUGGAGGAAGAGCAGCCAGAACUUAAGAUGUGUGGCUACAAUGGCCCUGUCUCGUCUGUGGCAUCUUUACACCAAGAGGUCUCCGUCCUGGUCCCUGACCCCACAGUGAGCUGUCUGGAUGACCCCUCACAUCUUCCUGAUGAACUGGAAGACACGCCCAUCCUCAGUGAAGACCCCCUUGAGCCCUUCGACUCUCUGGCAGCAGCAGAGCCAGUGAGUGGUGGGCUUUAUGGCUUAGAUGACACAGAGUUGAUGGGCACAGAAGACAAGCUGCCUCUUGAGGACAGCCCUGUGAUCUCGGCCCUCGAUUGCCCUGCUCUCAAUAAUGCCACUGCCUUCAGUCUCCUGGCAGACGACAGUCAGACAGCAGCCUCCAUCUUUGUCAGCCCCACCUCCCCGCCUGUCUUAGGGGAGUCUGUCUUGCAAGAUAAUAGCUUUGACCUGAACAAUGGCAAUGACUCUGAGCAGGAAGAGAUGGAGACUCAGUCUUCAGAUUUCCCACAUCCCCCGACUGAGCUCGGCCCUGACCAGCCACCUGCUAUUGAGCUGCAUCCAGCAGUCUCACCAACAGCGCCCCCAGCAGCAUCUGCACAAGUCUCACCUGCCCUCCCAGACAUCUCCAUGGAAGCCUCUGUGACAGCUCCAGUGACUUCUCAAGCUUUCUCUUGUCCCUCAGCUGCCAUCCUGACAGUCCCCCCAGCAAAUGACAGUGUCAGCACUGUCCCUGGAGCUUCUGCUGAUCGGAAAGAGACCACUGGAGAAGCCACCACAGUUUCUGGUAGUGGUGACAUACUGAAGAGACGCAUUGCCACCCAAGAAGAAGUUCGUCUUCCCCUCCAACAUGGGUGGCGGAGAGAAGUGCGCAUCAAGAAGGGCAGCCAUCGGUGGCAGGGGGAGACUUGGUAUUAUGGCCCCUGUGGGAAAAGAAUGAAGCAAUUUCCAGAAGUUAUCAAGUACCUGAGCCGAAAUAUGGUACAUAGUGUCCGCCGUGAGCACUUCAGCUUCAGUCCCCGCAUGCCUGUUGGAGAUUUCUUUGAAGAAAGAGAUACACCAGAGGGCUUGCAGUGGGUCCAACUAUCAGCAGAGGAGAUUCCAUCCAGAAUUGAAGCAAUCACUGGCAAACGUGGCCGACCUCGAAACAAUGAGAAGGCCAAGAACAAGGAAGCUCCCAAAGUGAAGCGGGGUCGAGGUCGGCCUCCUAAGGUCAAAAUGCCCGAGCUACCGAGUAAGACAGACAACCGACUUCCAAAGAAGCUGGAACCCCAAGAAACACUGAAUGAGGAGGAUAAAGCAAAGAUGAGUAAAAGCAAGAAGAAGAUGAGGCAGAAAGUACAGCGGGGAGAGGCUCAGACUCCUGUCCCAGGGCAGGCCAGAAACAAGAGGAAGCAAGACACCAAGAACGUAAAGCAGAGGGACACAAAAAAGAAAAUUAAGGCUGAGAAAGAAAAGAUGAAGGCAAAACAGGAAAAACUAAAGGAAAAGGUGAAGAGAGAAAGGAAAGAAAAGGAGAGAGUGAAGGUGAAGGAGGUGACCAGAGCCAAGCCAGCCUGCAAAGCAGAUCAGAGUCUCGUCACACAAAGGCGUCUGCAGGAACGGCAGAGGCAGCAGGUUAUCUUGGAGGAGAUGAAGAAGCCCACGGAGGAUAUGUGUCUGACUGACCACCAGCCCCUGCCUGACUUCACGCGCAUCCCUGGUUUGAUGCUGUCCAGUAGGGCUUUCUCAGAUUGCUUGACCAUCGUGGAGUUCCUGCACAGUUUUGGCAAAGUACUAGGCUUUGACCUUGCCAAAGAUGUUCCUAGUCUCGGAGUCCUUCAGGAGGGACUCUUAUGUCAAGGUGACAGCUUGGGCAAAGUGCAAGACCUGCUGGUGCGGCUCCUGAAGGCUGCCCUCCAUGAUCCUGGCCUGCCCUCCUACUGCCAGUCCCUAAAGAUCUUGGGGGAGAAGGUGUCUGAGAUUCCACUGACCCGAGACAACGUGUCUGAGAUCCUACGCUGCUUCCUCAUGGCAUACAGAGUGGAGCCAUCCUUCUGUGACAGUCUGCGUACCCAGCCUUUUCAGGCCCAGCCACCUCACCAGAAGGCUGCUGUUCUAGCCUUCCUUGUGCAUGAGCUCAACAGCUCCACCAUUAUCAUCAAUGAGAUUGACAAGACUCUGGAGAAUAUGUCUAGCUACAGGAAAAACAAAUGGAUUGUUGAAGGACGACUCAGGAGACUGAAAACUGCUCUGGCCAAGCGAACUGGGCGGCCUGAGAUUGUGAUGGAAGGGCCAGAAGAAGGCCUGGGGCGGAGGCGCAGCUCUCGAAUCAUGGAAGAAGCCAGUGGCAUAGAAGAGGAAGAGGAGGAGGAAACUGUGGCAGCUGUCCACAGCCGAAGGGGUCGAAGGGAUGGAGAGGUUGAUGCUGCAGCGUCUAGCAUUCCAGAGCUAGAGCGCCAGAUAGAGAAACUCAAUAAGCGUCAGCUCUUCUUUAGAAAAAAACUGCUUCACUCAUCCCAGAUGCUUCGGGCAGUCUCCUUGGGUCAGGACCGCUAUAGUCGCCAUUACUGGGUGUUGCCAUAUCUGGCUGGAAUCUUUGUGGAAGGAUCGGAGGGGAACAUAGUUACUGAAGAUGGAAUAAAGCAAGAAACUGAGUUCCUGACAGAAGCACUCACGUCAACACCCAACUCUGCCACAGUCUCUAUAAAGAGGGAGUUAACUGCCUCCAGCACCUCUGCUUCUCCUGCCCGGUCCCGGGGCCGACCUCGAAAAUCUAAGCCCGGGUCUCUGCAACCUCAGCAGCUUAAGUCCACCAUCAGGGAGCAUGGUUCAGAGCAAGCCCAGACUCAAGUUCACCCAGGACCUCAUCCCUGUCCCCAGCUUCAGGCUUCGACCCAGCCCCAAUCCAAUAACGGGUUCCUCGAGCCAGAAGGCUCCCCUCUGUCCCUGGGUCAGAGCCAGCAUGACCUCAGCCAGUCCGCCUUCCUGUCCUGGCUGAGCCAGACUCAAAGCCACAAUUCUGUGUUGAGCAGCUCAGUCCUCACGCCUGAUAGCAGCCCAGGGAAAUUGGACUCUGCUCCAUCUCAGUCCCCGGAGGAGCCAGAGCCUGAGGAGGCAGAGCCCUCCCCGCACCCUCACGGCCCCUGGUUUAACUUCUCACCCCAGAUCCCCUGUGAUGCUGCUCCCACACCACCCCCUGCAGCUUCUGAGGACCAGCCUCUUCCCUCCCUCCAGCUGUCUGCCUCCUCCAAGCCAAUGAAUACACCCGGUGCUGCCAGUCUCUGUUCUCCAGUACAGUUCUCUUCCACCCAUUUACCUGGAGGGGGCUCUAAGAGGCCCUCUGGAGACUCUGAAGAAAUGCCACUGCGUCCCACAGGGCUGGGACCACCAAAGCGUAGAGGGAGACCUCCUAGCAAGUUCUUCAAGCAGGUGGAGCAGCGUUACUUAACCCAGCUGACAGCCCAGCCUGUCCCCCCUGAAAUGUGCUCAGGCUGGUGGUGGAUCCGAGAGCCUGAGACUCUGGAUGGCAUGCUCAAGGCACUGCAUCCCCGAGGCAUCCGGGAGAAGACACUUCAUAAACAUCUUAGCAAGCACAAGGACUUCUUGCAGGAAGUUUGCUUACAGCCCUUAACUGAUUCCAUCUUUGAGCCUGGUCAACCACCUGCCUUGGAAGAAGGAGCUAUGAGCUGGUCCCCCAAAGAGAAGACUUAUGAGACAGACCUAGCUGUGCUUCAGUGGGUGGAAGAACUAGAACAACGAGUUGUCCUUUCUGAUCUCCAGAUUCGGGGCUGGAUGUGUCCAUGUCCAGACUCUACCCGAGAAGACUUGGCCUACUGUGAGCAUCUGCCUGAUUCUCAGGAGGACAGCCCCUGGAGAGGUCGGGGCAGGGAAGGAACAGUGCCUCAGCGGCAGAGCACCAACCCUCUGGACCUUGCUGUGAUGCGGCUGGCUGUUCUGGAGCAGAACGUGGAGCGGCGUUACUUGCGGGAGCCCCUGUGGGCAGCCCAUGAGGUGGUGGUGGAAAAGGCGCUGCUGAGCACAGCCAGCGAUGCCCCUGAAGGCAGCACCACAGAGAUAUCAUACGAGAUCACCCCUCGUGUUCGUGUCUGGCGGCAGACACUUGAGCGGUGCCGUAGUGCAGCCCAAGUAUGCUUGUGCAUGGGACAGCUGGAAAGGUCCAUCGCAUGGGAGAAGUCCGUCAACAAAGUGACCUGCCUCGUCUGCCGGAAGGGCGACAAUGACGAGUUUCUCCUGCUUUGUGAUGGGUGUGACCGAGGCUGCCACAUUUACUGUCAUCGGCCCAAGAUGGAGACUGUCCCAGAAGGGGACUGGUUCUGUGCUGUCUGUCUGGCCCAGCAGGGAGAGAAAGAAUUCACUCAGAGACCUGGUUUUCCAAAACGAGGCCAGAAACGGAAAAGUAGUUUUCCACUGAACUUCCCAGAGGGUGACAGCCGGCGUGGGAGGGUGCUGUCAAGGAGCCGAGAACACCCAGAAGAUGGGGUGUCUCCCUCCAAGAGACGGCGACUGUCAAUGAGAAACCAGCACAGCGACCUCACAUUCUGCGAGGUUAUUCUGAUGGAGAUGGAGUCCCAUGACGCAGCCUGGCCUUUCCUGGAGCCUGUGAACCCUCGCCUAGUGAGUGGGUACCGGCGUGUCAUCAAGAACCCCAUGGAUUUUUCUACCAUGCGAGAACGGCUGCUCCGGGGAGGGUACACUAGCUCUGAGGAGUUUGCAGCUGAUGCCCUGCUAGUUUUUGACAACUGCCAGACCUUCAACGAGGAUGACUCUGAAGUGGGCAAGGCUGGGCACAUCAUGCGCCGCUUCUUUGAGAGCCGCUGGGAGGAAUUUUAUCAGGGAAAACAGGCCAAUCUGUGAGGCGAGGAAGGUGGGAGUCACCUUGUGGCAUCUUCUCCAACCUUCCAAACGAAAGCCUGCCACUCUGACCUGCUGAUGGCUGCCCUGGGUGGACUCUGGUCCUGACCCUUGGCAGUGCCCACAUCCUCUUGUUCCUGAUCCCUUUUCUCUCUUGUUCCUCAUGCUCCUCAAAUAAGAGAUGUAGAGAUGAGGUCCUUCUGGACAGAAAGCCAAAAAAGAAAGAAUUUUUUUUUCCUAAUUGAAGUGGAGAGGGGUAAAGAAGCCCUCCUCCCACCCCCAGCUUCCUCCCCUCCCUGUACAUGCCCCAGCAUCCUGGGGUUAUUUAACAAUAGCAAUAGUCCUAGUGAAUGUGUAAAACCGAGAAACACUCUGUACUGUGUGUGGACCCGCAGUGACGGCCAGUAAAGUGGACUUAACUCCCAGGUGUGUCGAGCCGGACACCGGGCCCUGGACAUGCUGCUUCCAUGUUCAGCCCUUCCUGCUUCUCGCUUUCUCUCUCUU